AUGAGGUAUGCUAUUGCAUCAAGAGUCCGCCUUGCUGUAACUUUGCGCUACUUAGCAACUGGGGACUCGUUUCGGUCGCUGGAAUUCCUCACCUACAUAUCGCGUAAAACGAUAAGUAAAUUUUUGCCGGAAGUAUUGGAAGCGUUAAUAGCUGCUCUUCAGGACGAAUACUUGAAAACACCUACGGCAGAAAAUGAAUGGUUGGAUGUGGCUAAUGAUUUCGAGCAACUUUGGCAAUUUCCGCACACUUUGGAUGCAAUAGAAGGAAAACAUAUCCUUGUAGAUGCUCAUAGUCGAUUCAUUUACGUCGAUAUUGGAGCAAAUGGAAGAGCAUCUGAUGUUAUGGCAUUCAAAAAUAGUUCUUUACAUGAUAAGUUGGCAAGAGGUCAAUUAAGUAUUCCCGCUGAUACACCCUUAAAAGGACAG